AUGUGGACUCUUCAUCCUCAAUUUGUUGAAGAAGUUUAUAAGGUUUGGAGGGCUGAAGGGAACUCCAAUCCCUGGUUAAAGCUAUGGAUUCUUCAGAAGAAAGUGGCUGCUCAUCUAAAGAAGUGGAAUUGGGAAACAUUUGGCAAUAUUAAUGAUAACUUGACCACUGCCCAAAGUAAUGUUAUCAGAAUGGAAAAGAAUUUUCAAAUGGGAUUGAAUUCUGAAGCUGACCUGCACAAAGUCAGUGAAGAACUGUUAAUGCAAACCAAUUAUACUGAAUGUUUUCUGAAACAAAAAGCUGUAGUCACCAGAUUUAUUGAAGGAGACAAAAACACAAGCUAUUAUCAUGCUUGUACUAAUUUCAUAAGGAAGAAUAACAUGAUCUUUUCCAUACAUGAUUCUAAUGGUAAGAGAGCUCCUAUCAAGGUGGAACUUUUCUCUGAGCGCAUUGAUUAUGUUCAAAGCUUGGACCUUACUCAGAUUCCUAUGGAAGGGGAAAUUAAAGCUGCAUUGGACUUUAUUGAUGACAAUAAGGUGGCUGGCCCUGAUGGCUUUACCGCCAAAUUCUAUAAGACUACUUGGAAUAUCAUCAGUGGGGAGGUUGUUGAUGUUGUGCAAAGCUUCAUUAAAGGUAUGGAUUUCAUUUCUUCCACUAUAACCUUGAUUCUAAAAACUUCUAGCUGGAUUGGGUGGGGAGACUUCAGACCUAUCAGUCUAACAAACGUCUUGUCUAAAGUUAUUAGCAAGAAUUGGGUGCCCAGUGUGCAGAAGCUAAAAGUGCCUACUUUAGUUCUCUGGAACCCACCUCCUAAAGGGUGGAUGAAAGCCAAUAUAGAUGGAAGCUUUUGUAAGGAUGCUGCUGGUGUGAGAGGAAUCUUUAGGAACUCUCUGGGGAAGUGCAUGUUAUACUUUUCCUCUCCAACUUGGGAAAUUGAUGCACUAGAAACUGAAAUAAUUGCUAUUUAUUGGGCUAUCUACCUUGCCAAGCAAUGCAACAUCAUAAAAUUGGUAGUUGAGUCAGAUUCUCUCAGCUGUAUUAGAAUACUGAAUCAGGAAGAAGCUGCUCCAUGGAAUGUUGCUAGUUGGACUACUAAGAUGAAGAGAAUGUUGAUCAAUGUUGAAGUGAUUUUUCAGCAUAUCUUAAGGGAAGGUAACACUCCUGCACAUAGUUUGGCAGCUAGGGGGAAGGAUAAUGAAGAGAUUGUUGUAGGGACUAUACCUUCCACUCAGCUUGAAAUCCUUCUUCAUGGGGAUAGUUUAUCCAUUCCUUAUAUUAAUUGUAGGGAUUGA